AACUCGUUUUGUGCCCACACAGCCCUGCAACUUGCGGGCGCCCGGGAGUUGCCCGCGGGCUCCUGCGCCUUUGAAGAGGGCACGUGUGACUUUGACUCCGAGUCCGAGUUCCUGCCGUGGAUCUUAAAUGAGGAAGGACAUUAUAUUUUUGUGGACACCUCCUUUGCCAAGCAGGGGGAGAAAGCCAUACUAGUAAGUUCUGACUUAGAGGCUGAGGAAUGGAGCUGCCUUCGACUAGUCUACCAGAUAACUUCAUCUGACAGGGCUCCCGCCGAACCCAGCCAACUGAAUCUUUAUGUGAGAUUUGAAGAUGAAAACUUUGAUCGCUUACUUUGGUCCACUAAGGAACCAUCAGAUAGCUGGCUCAUAGCCAGUUUGGAUUUGCAAAAUAGUCCCAAGAAAUUCAAGAUUUUAAUAGAAGGUAUCCUAGGACAGGGAAACGUAGCCAGUAUUGCACUCUUUGAAAUCAAGAUGACAACCAGCUACUGCAUUGAAUGUGACUUUGAGGAAAACCAUCUCUGUGGCUUUGUGAACCACUGGAACCCCAACGUGAACUGGUUUGUUGGUGGAGGAAAUAUUCGGAAGCCCCAUUCCAUUCUCCCGCAGGAUCACACCUUGAAGAAUGAACUGGGUCACUACAUGUACGUGGAUUCAGUUUAUGUCAAACACUUCCAAGAAGUAGCCCAGCUUAUCUCUCCAAUGACCACGGCCUACAUGUCUGGCUGCCUGUCAUUUUAUUACCAAGUUCAGCAAGGAAACGACAAUGUCUUCUCCCUUUAUACUCGGGACGCUGCUGGCCUUUAUGAAGAAAUCUGGAAAAUGGACAAUCCAGGAAAUACAGAAUGGAACCUUGCGGAAGUGGAAUUCAGUGCUCCCUACCCCUUGGAGGUUAUUUUUGAAGUUGCUUUCAAUGGGCCCAAAGGAGGGUAUGUUGGCCUGGAUGAUAUUUCCUUCUCUCCUGUACGCUGCCAAAAUCAAACAGAACUGCCAUCCAGGGCCAUUCAAGCAAGCUGCAGUUUUGAGGAAGAUCUCUGCAGCUUUUACCAGGAUAAAGAAAGUCGGGGUUGGACCCGAGUGAAAGUAAAACCAAACAUGUAUCGCCCUGGAGACCACACUUCUGGUUUUGGCUAUUACUUGCUGGCCAACACAAAGUUUACCUCUCAGUCUGGCUACAUUGGAAGGCUCUAUGGCCCCUCGCUGCUUGGAAACUUACCAUAUUGUCUACGUUUUUAUUAUGCCAUCUACGGGUUUUUGAAAAUGAGUGAUGCUCUAGCAGUUUUUAUUUUUGAAGAAAACCAUGUGGUGCAAGAGAAGAUCUGGUCUGUGCAGGAGUCCCCCAGAGGGGUUUGGCUUCACACUGAAAUCACCUUUAAGAAGCCCAUGCCUACCCAGGUGGUCUUCAUGAGCCUAUGCAAAAGUCUUUGGGACUGUGGACUCGUCGCCCUGGAUGACAUUACUGUUGAGAUAGGAAGCUGCUUAUCUCCAGAGCGGCAUCUAUCUCCCCCUGGAGAGUGUACUUUUGAACAAGAUGAAUGUGCAUUUACUCAGGAAAGACGUGAUCGGGGCAGCUGGCACAGAAAAAGGGGAGGAACUCCGACUUCCUACACAGGACCCCGGGGCGAUCACACAACUGGGGUAGGCCAUUACAUGUACAUUGAGGCCUCCCACAUGGUCUAUGGGCAAAAAGCACAGCUCGUGUCCAGGUCUCUGCAUGGAGUCUCCGGGAAACACUGCCUGACCUUUUUCUACCACAUGUAUGGGUCAGGGACUGGCCUGCUCAGCGUUUAUUUGAAAAAGGAAGAUCAGGAGUCCCUGUUAUGGAGAAGAAGAGGUGAACAGAGCAUUUCCUGGCUCCGAGGUUUGAUCGAGUACAGCUGUGAGAGGCAGCACCAGAUCAUUUUUGAAGCAAUUCGGGGAGUGUCGAUACGCAGUGACAUUGCCAUUGAUGACGUUAAAUUUCAAGCAGGACCCUGUGAAGAAAUCGAAGAUACAACUCAACAAUCAUCAGGAUAUUCUGAAGACUUAAAUGAAAUUGAGUAUUAAGAAAUUAUCUGAAAUAGAUUAAACAAAAGCCAUACCUCUCUUCAAUCAAAAUGAAAGCAAAACAAAUUAACAUGGAACAAUCUUCACCAUUUCAUAAGUUAUGAAAUUAUUUUCAAGCUCUCUUUUCAUUACUUUUGCCAAAAAAAAAAUACUGACUCAGGGCUUUUUUGUUUAUUUUUAUAUGACAACUGUACAGUCUCUGCAAGUACAGGCUGCUGGUUUUGUGUAGAUCUUCAUUUUUGUACCAGUAAAAACUACACAUGGACUAUAUUAAAGUCAUUUAAAAGCUUGCAAGUAAGGGCACAAUCAAAAGGAAAUGUCCUCACUUAAAUCUGCAUUCAGUGAAUGUACUGGGAAGAGAAUAAGUUUUGUGGGUUUCCUUUAGAAUUUCAAUGAUCAUAAAAUGUUUUUUAAUUAAUGUGUGGUAUCAGUGAUACCUGCAGAAUGAAUGCAGUCUUUUAAUGCUUAAAAAUGAGUCUAAGAAUAUAAAAUCUUAUUUUCUGUGUUUUAUCCAUAGAAAUUGACUAUUUAAUUUUCUUACCAUAUAUGAUAACAAAGAAUCUUUCAUGGAUGUUCCAGGGUAAGUCAGUAUUAAUUAAUGUUGCAUUACAAAGUAAUAUAAUUUUCCCUUAAUUUUCCUCCCUUUAAACUACUUUUAAAAGUCACUAUGAGCACAUGAAUAGAAAUUGCAUUUUUUUUAUGAAGCAAGCUUGCAAAUGUUUAUGUACACACACUCAAAAACAUUUAGGUUUUGUUAAACAAUUUCAUAAUUUUUUAUGUAUCAGUUUUGAGUAAUAUGAAUUCAAGCAUAUAUAAUAAACUACUGCAUCUUCUAUACCUGUUUAGAAAAUUGUACAUACAUGGUUGUAUACUCACACAACUAUUAAAAAAUUCCAAAAUACCUAAUAAAAAUCAG